AUGCUCAUCGCCGCAUCCACCAGCGCAUCCAUCGCCGAGUUUCCCGAGCGGACGGUCGAAUUGAUCCAUCCCUGGGGACCGGGAAAUGCCAUGUCGGUGAGCCAGUUGAUCGCCAAGGCCAUGGGUGAAGAACUCGGUGUCGACAUGCCCGUGAUUUCAACACCGGGUGCCGCGGGCACGAAGGGGCAAAAAACAGCGAUGUCGCGGCCUGCCGACGGCUAUACGGUGUUUGACGGCUAUGUUGCGCCCCUCGUUUUGCAGCCCGUACUCGGGAAUGCCGACUGGACGUAUAGCGACUUCAAGCCACUCCAUUCGGCGGUUUCGAACGCGUUUGCGAUUGGCGGGCGUACCGACGAAACACGCUGGUCCAAUUUCGAGGAGAUGAUGGAAUACGGCCGGGAACAUCCGGGCGAACUUCGCUAUUCUUCGGGCUCGCGAAACAACCUGCCUCACAUGGUGAUUGCGAAAGUGCUGCAGUCCUAUGGUGUGGUCGCCCAGAACAUCCCCUACACGCAGGACGGAAAUGCGGUCAAGGACCUGAAGUCCGGCGUCCUCGAUUUCUCCUUCAUCAAUGUCGGCAACUACAUUCAGGACAAGCCGGCUUUCAACAUCAUGCUGGUACUGUCCGAGCUUCCCGGCGCCAAGGCCUCGUAUGACGGCGCGCCCAGCAUUGCGGAUCUCGACAUCGAUCUCGGGCUGUCCGGUCUGGCACCGAUGGGAUGGACCUGGUGGAUCGUUCACAAGGACACACCGGACGAAGUCACCGGCAAACUGCGCGCUGCAAUGGAUGCCGCCAUGCAGAGGCCGGACGUUCGCGAGGCAAUCGAAAAGGUCGGGUUCGUUCCCCUGGACUGGGAUCACACCCAGUAUGACGAGGUCGUCGGACCGGUGUCCGACCAGCUUUCCGCAAUGGGCAAUGCCCUGAAAUGGGAAGAAGAUGAGCUGAAGAAACUGCGAUAA